GAGUAAUCAUAAAAAUAUUAAAAAACAAAAAUUUUUUUCUUUCUUAGAACGUGAUGGUAGUCUUCUAGAAGGUGUUGCACAACAUUAUUUCAAACAACUUAUUACUGGAAUGGCUUAUCUUCAUAGUCUUGGUGUAGCACAUCGAGAUCUUAAAGCACAGAAUAUUCUUAUCGGACAUAAUAAUCUGAUCAAAAUAAUCGAUUUUGGAUUGGCGAGUUUGUUUCGAAAUGAAACAACUCAUGACGAAAAAUUAUUGACGAUCUAUUGUGGCACAAGGUCUUAUAUGUCACCACAGUCUCGAUUACCCUAUCGGGGUGAACCUGCUGAUAUAUGGUCUUCUGGCAUUAUUCUAAUAUUUAUGCUGGUCGGAAAUUUACCGUGGACCGAAGCAUCUCAUAAAGAUCGUAAUUAUCAACUAUGGCUCCACGGUCGAUAUAACAAUCAUCCAUGGAAAAAUAUACAAAACACUAUAUUUGAUCUUCUUCGUCAGAUGUUAAUCUAUGAUCCUGAACAACGUGCAACAAUAAAAGACAUAAAAAAUCAUCAAUGGAUGUCUAAAAGUUAUGAAGAAGAAUUUUCAAAUUCAAAUUCACCAUCGUCAUAUAAAAAAAGCCAAAAAAAUAAUCAUAAUUCAGUAUCAACAAUAUGUAUACUUGAACCAACAGCAGAAUGUGAAACUCAUAAUCGUUUAUCAACUAAAAAUGAUCCCAUGUUCCGAAAACUGGAUCAGUUUUAG